UGACCCUCGCCAUUAAUCCACCGGGAGGCAGGCGGACUAACAACAGGUCUCUUUGCUCUUGUUGACAAACUGUACUUCAGUGAACAAAUAUCUCUAGAUCUGCAGAGACCUUCUGUCACAUGGACAGUGCCAGACUGUAGUGGUGAGUUUUUUUGUCUAAUUUUUUUUUUUUUUGGGAAAGCAUUUUUUGGAUGAAAAAUAAAGAUGAUUAAGACCAUCAUCCACCAUGCCAAGAAACAUCCAGGGUUAAUCCCUCAGUUUUUCUUCGUAACUCUUGGAAUCACAGGGGCCACUCUCUACCUGGUUCGACUAGCAAGAGGGCCUCACGUAACAUUCUGGGACAAAAAGAACAAUCCCGAGCCCUGGACCAGACUUGAUCCAACCUACCAGUACAAGUUUGUAGCUGUCAACACGGACUACAAGAGCCUAAAGAAAGACGGACCAGAUUUCUAAAGAUCCCCCAUGCAACUUCAGAGGCACAGAGUGUGGCAGGACCUUCAGCUCUGACGCCAUGGACAUCAGACCUUCUCCUGGACACUUCCUGUGCCACCUUGGCUUUGAUACAGCAGCUCCCAAAAUAAUUUAAGGAACAAUUAAAGAGCAUACAUAAAAGGCAGUCAGUCUAAAUUCUAUUAGUUUUGUUUGCUUUUAUUGGUAAGAGCCUUUAAAGAUACAUUUAAAUUUGCCAUUGAUUGAUACAUGCAUUUUGCAUCGAGAAAGCUCAUAUUUUUAUUAAAUUCAUUUAAACAGUGAUGGUUAUUUGUAAUGAAGCUUAAUUACACAGACUAAGAAUAGAAAUGUUUAUUUCCUAUUAA